GAGCGCACGGAGGAGGAGGCUCUGGCGAGCGCCUCCCUCCCGCUCCCAGCCGAGCGCAGCGCCCGGAGCAUGGAGCCUGCCUGAGACACUCCGCGGGCUCCGGCAGCUGCUGCUGCGGCGCACAACAUGGAGGCGGCGGCCUCGCUGCUCCUGCUGGCCGCCGCGGUGCUUCAGUGCCACUUGGGCUCGCUGCGGGCUUCUCCUCUUCUGCUUUUCGCCAAUCGUCGGGAUGUCAGACUGGUGGAUGCUGGAGGAGUGAAGCCAGAGUCCACUAUAGUGGUCAGCGGCUUAGAAGAUGCCGCGGCGGUUGACUUUCAGUACUCACAAGGCAUCAUUUACUGGACAGACGUGAGCGAAGAAGCCAUCAAGCAAACGUACUUGAACCAAACUGGGAAUGUAGUGCAGAAUGUCAUUAUUUCUGGUCUGGUUUCUCCGGAUGGCCUGGCAUGUGAUUGGAUUGGGAAAAAGCUGUACUGGACGGACUCAGAAACCAAUAGGAUAGAAGUUGCUAAUCUCAAUGGAACAUCUAGAAAAGUCCUCUUCUGGCAAGACCUUGACCAGCCAAGGGCAAUUGCCUUGGAUCCAGCACAUGGGUAUAUGUAUUGGACGGACUGGGGAGAAACACCCAGAAUAGAACGAGCAGGAAUGGAUAGCAGCACUCGAAAAAUAAUUGUUAAUUCAGACAUUUAUUGGCCUAAUGGACUCACGAUAGAUCUUGAUGAGCAGAAGCUAUACUGGGCUGAUGCAAAGCUGAGUUUCAUUCAUAGAGCAAAUCUGGAUGGUUCCUUUAGGCAAAAGGUUGUGGAAGGGAGUCUCACUCACCCAUUUGCGCUGACAUUGUCUGGAGAAACGUUGUAUUGGACAGACUGGCAGACUCGCUCCAUUCAUGCCUGUGACAAAAGGACCGGAGAGAAAAAGAGAGAAAUACUGAAUGCACUUUACUCACCGAUGGACAUCCAAGUCUUGAGUCCAGAGCGGCAGCCAUACUUUCAUACUCCCUGCGAAGAAAACAAUGGAGGCUGCUCUCACCUCUGCCUGCUAUCUCCCAGAGACCCCUUCUUCACCUGUGCCUGUCCCACUGGAGUGCAGCUGGAAGAUGAUGGCAAGACCUGUAAAGCAGGUGCCGAGGAAGUCUUGCUGCUCGCUAGAAGGACAGAUUUGCGAAGAAUCUCCUUGGACAUGCCAGACUUCACUGACAUUAUUCUGCAGAUAGACAAUAUCAGGCAUGCGAUUGCAAUAGACUAUGAUCCUGUUGAGGGCUACAUAUACUGGACCGAUGACGAUGUCCGGGCUAUUCGUCGGGCUUACCUUGAUGGUUCUGGAGCACAGACCCUAGUGACCACGGAAAUUAAUCAUCCUGAUGGCAUAGCAGUAGACUGGGUGGCAAGGAACCUGUACUGGACUGACACAGGAACAGAUCGCAUUGAAGUAACCCGAUUGAAUGGGACAUCCAGAAAGAUCCUUAUAUCGGAAAAUCUAGAUGAACCUAGAGCGAUAGUGCUAAAUCCUGUGAUGGGCUACAUGUAUUGGACGGACUGGGGUGAAAAUCCAAAGAUUGAAUGUGCUUAUCUGGAUGGCUCAGAGAGGAGGGUCCUAGUGAACAGUUCUCUAGGUUGGCCUAAUGGCUUGGCACUGGAUCUUGAAGAAGACAAACUUUACUGGGGAGAUGCAAAGACAGACAAAAUUGAAGUAAUAAAUGUUGACGGAACAAUGAGAAGAACUCUACUAGAAGAUAAGCUUCCUCAUAUAUUUGGGUUUACUUUGCUGGGGGACUACAUCUACUGGACAGACUGGCAGAGACGAAGUAUUGAAAGAGUUCACAAAAUAAGAGCAAGCAGGGAUAUCAUCAUAGAUCAGUUGCCAGACCUAAUGGGCCUCAAAGCAGCAAGUGUGACCAAAGUGUUUGGAACCAAUCCUUGUGCUGAGAAUAAUGGAGGCUGCAGCCAUCUGUGUUUCUUCACACCUCUGGAGACCAGAUGUGCUUGUCCCAUAGGACUGGAGUUGCUGAGCGACAUGAAGACCUGCAUCAUUCCUGAAGCCUUCCUUGUUUUCACCAGCAGAGCAGCAAUUCAUAGGAUUUCCCUUGAAACCAACAAUAAUGAUGUAGCUAUUCCUCUUACUGGUGUCAAAGAGGCAUCUGCUCUGGAUUUUGAUGUGUCUGAUAAUAGAAUCUAUUGGACUGAUAUUAGCUUAAAGACCAUAAGCCGGGCAUUCAUGAAUGGGAGCUCUGUUGAACAUGUGAUUGAGUUUGGGUUAGACUACCCUGAGGGAAUGGCAGUAGACUGGAUGGGAAAGAACCUUUACUGGGCAGAUACUGGAACCAAUCGAAUUGAAGUAGCGCGCCUGGAUGGACAGUAUAGACAGGUUCUUGUGUGGAAGGAUUUGGAUAACCCAAGGUCUUUGGCUCUUGAUCCUACUAAAGGUUAUAUGUACUGGACAGAGUGGGGAGGUAAACCAAGGAUCGUUCGAGCAUAUAUGGAUGGGACAAACAGCAUCACUUUGGUUGAUAAAGUGGGACGUGCCAAUGAUUUAACUAUUGACUAUGCAGACCAAAGACUAUAUUGGACUGACCUAGACACAAGUAUGAUUGAGUCAUCAAACAUGCUAGGUCAAGAAAGGGAAAUAAUAGCAGAUGAUCUACCUCAUCCAUUUGGACUAACACAGUACAGUGAUUAUAUCUACUGGACAGACUGGAACCUUCACAGUAUAGAAAGAGCAGACAAGACCAAUGGGAAGAACCGGACACUAAUUCAAGGACAUCUGGAUUUUGUGAUGGACAUAUUGGUCUUUCACUCUUCACGCCAGGAUGGCUUGAAUGACUGCAUGCAAAACAAUGGGCACUGUGGACAAUUGUGCCUUGCCAUACCAAAUGGGUAUAGAUGUGGGUGUGCCUCUCACUAUACCUUGGAUCCCAACAGCAGGAACUGCAGUUCACCCACCAGCUUCCUGCUGUUUAGCCAGAAGUCUGCAAUCAGUCGGAUGAUACCAGAUGACCAGCAAAGUCCAGAUAUCAUCCUUCCUGUGCAUGGUCUAAGAAAUGUCAAGGCCAUUGAUUAUGAUCCCUUAGAUAAACUGAUUUAUUGGGUGGAUGGACGUCAGAACAUUAUUAAAAGAGCCAAAGAUGAUGGUACCCAGCCUUUCACUGUCAUGAGCACUCCAAACCAAAGCCAAAAUCCAGAGAAGCAGCCGCAUGACCUGAGUAUUGAUAUUUACAGCCAUACCUUGUACUGGACCUGUGAGGCCACAAAUUCAAUCAGUGUUCACAGACUUAAUGGAGAACCAAUUGGAACAGUGUUGAAAGGAGAUCAUGACAAGCCAAGAGCCAUAGUAGUCAAUGCAGAGCGAGGGUACAUGUACUUCACAAACAUGCAAGAGCGAGCCCCGAAGAUAGAGCGCGCAGCCCUGGACGGCACGGAACGAGAAGUGCUCUUUAGUACCGGGCUGAUCCGACCUGUUGCACUGGUAAUUGACAACAAGCUUGGGAAACUCUUCUGGGUGGACGCAGAUCUCAAACGCAUUGAAAGCUGUGAUUUGUCAGGAGCUAACCGUGUGACACUGGAGGACUCCAACAUCCUGCAGCCAAUGGGACUGACUGUGUUGGGGAAUCACUUGUACUGGAUUGACCGUCAGCAGCAGAUGAUUGAGAGAGUUGAAAAAACCAGUGGAUACAAGAGGACUAGAAUCCAAGGCCGAAUUGCUCACUUGACAGGCAUUCAUGCAGUGGAAGAAGUUGAUAUGGAUGAAUUUUCUGCACAUCCAUGUUCUCGUGACAAUGGUGGCUGUUCACACAUCUGCAUUGCAAAAGGAGAUGGAACCCCAAGAUGCUCAUGCCCAGAUCAUCUUGUACUUUUACAGAACCUCUUAACAUGUGGAGAACCUCCAACUUGUUCCCCAGAUCAGUUUACCUGUGCGACUGGGGAGAUAGACUGUAUCCCAAUGGCAUGGCGAUGUGAUGGAUUUCCAGAAUGUGAUGACCAGAGUGAUGAAGAUAGCUGUCCUAUAUGCUCAGCAGCCCAGUUUCAGUGUGAGAAAGGACAAUGUAUUGAUGCCCGGUUGCGGUGUAAUGGAGAAAUUGACUGCCAAGAUAAAUCCGACGAAGCAGACUGCAAUACAAUCUGUCUCCCAAAUCAGUUUCGAUGUGCUAGUGGCCAGUGCAUCCUCAUAAAACAGCAGUGUGAUUCCUUUCCAGAUUGCAUCGAUGGUUCUGAUGAACUCAUGUGUGAAAAAAACACAUCCUCAGAUGAACCUCAACCCCACGUUAGUGCUAUUGGACCUGUCAUUGGUAUCAUACUGUCCCUUUUGGUCAUGGGAGGAAUGUAUUUUGUUUGCCAGCGAGUGGUAUGUCAGCGCUAUGCUGGACCCAAUGGACCUUUUCCGCAUGAAUAUGUCAGCGGAACCCCUCAUGUCCCUCUUAAUUUUAUAGCUCCAGGGAGUUCUCAGCAUGGCACUUUUACUGGUAAGGAUGGCAUCUCUUGUGGAAAGUCUAUGAUUAGCUCCAUGAGCCUCAUGGGAGGAAGUAGCGGUGCCCCUCUGUAUGACAGAAACCAUGUUACUGGAGCCUCUUCUAGUAGUUCAUCUAGCACUAAAGCCACUUUCUACCCACAGAUUUUGAACCCCCCUCCUUCCCCAGCCACUGAUCGCUCCUUAUAUAACACAGAGAUGUUCUAUUCCUCAAACAUUCCUUCAACAACAAGAUCUUACAGACCCUACCUGAUACGAGGGAUAGCUCCGCCCACGACACCAUGCAGCACAGAUGUGUGCGACAGCGACUACACCACAAGCCGGUGGAAGGCCAACAAAUACUACAUAGAUCUAAAUUCAGACUCAGACCCUUAUCCCCCUCCCCCCACGCCUCGCAGCCAGUAUAUGUCGGCAGAAGAAAGCUGCCCUCCAUCUCCCGCCACAGAGCGAAGCUACUUUCACCUCUACCCCCCUCCACCGUCUCCUUGUACAGACUCCUCAUGACCUUAAUAGAAGGAACUUGUCUUUUACUGUAAAUAUUUUUAAAUAUGAACAAAGAUUAAAAUAUAUUUUAUGAUUUUAAAAAUAAAUAGGGGUGGGAAUUUAAAAAAAGAAAAUGUGAAUAAAAAUGGAUGGGGUGGGGCUGUGAAAAUGUGUACAGUGGAAGAAUAUUUAUAAAUUUGAUUUUUUUAAUUUAAUUUCCAUGCUUUUGUGCCAUAAUUGCCUUUUUUUAAUUGAAGUCAGGAAACUGACUAGACCUCCAAGGGACUGAGGUGGGGGGCGGGAAUGGGGAUGUUGAGCCUUUGUGGGUUUUUUAAAGUCCCCUUUUUAAGUCUGUAAAAUGUAUGUCAACAUCUCACACACACACAAAGGUUAUUGAAAAAAAAAGAAAACAAACAAUUUUGUUUAAAAAAUAAUUUGUUCACUGCCAAAAAAUUAAUAACCAAAUAAUAUUUUUGUUUAGAACGUUGAAUGAAAACAAACAAACAAACAAAGCUCCCUCCUUGAAUGUUCCCUUUUGCAAAUGAGCCAGUUGCUUCCCAGAGGAACCCAGGCACUAAAAGAGGACUGGAUUUUGAACCUUGCCCGCUAUUCAUUCAGCACUAGUCACUCUUGCCAGUUUGACGUGAUGAAACAAGCUCCUCCAUCAUUUCCUAGCAGCCACUUCACUCUAGGUGGGCAUGGGUCCACAGAGCCAUUCCCAGAGAGAUUGUGGGGGUCAGCCAGGAAAGGUCUGUUAUAGUUAAGUUAGUCUCCUCUUUCCUGAAAAAUGGUAGCAGUUCUGUCACCUUUUUCCUGAAGUCUGGAAUUUAUAGUCAGUUCUGUAUAUGUAGCUCUCACCCCUGUAUUUAGUUCAGCAAAUUGCUUUAUUUCCAGAUGUCCGGAUCCCAGAGUGUGGGGUUCCAGUGACAUGCCAGCUCAUAUUUAUUUCAAUAGGAAAGUUUUAAGAUUAAAUAUGUGGGAAACUAAAUAUGUAUAGAGGUAGAACAAAAAAAAACCCAAACAAACACACACACAAACAAACACACACAUACACGCACAUUAAAGUGUAUGUGAUUUAGUCUUGGUCCUAUGAAAAUUUGCUAGAAAAUGAGUUUAAUUUUACCAAAAGGCAGCAAAAAUAAGGACUUUUUUAUUUUUUCUCUUUUUUAAAAUUAACUCUUAUAUUGUAGAAACUGAUGUAAUGCCAAGACAACACCACAAAAGAGAUCUGUUUCAGGCAUUUAACAUGUAGCACUUAACACAGGGGUUCUUAAACUGGGGGUCAGGACUCCUUGGGGUCACAAGGUUAUUGGGGGGUCGCGAGCUGUCAGCCUCCACCCCAAACCCUGCUUUACCUCCAGCAUUUAUAAUAGUGUUAUAUAUAAAAAAAAGUGUUUUUAACUUAUAAGGGGGGUCAUACUCAGAGGCUUGCUGUGUGAAAGGGGUCACCGGUACAAAAAUUUGAGAACCCCUGGUUUAACAAGAUGAUAGCUGGGCAGUUAUCGGUUCCUUUUACCAAACUUACAGACAUGAACUAUAUUUCUCCUUGCUAUAGUAAAAGGGCUAUGCCAUUGCACAGCACUUUUAGAAACUGUCCUUACGAUGGCAGCCAUAAUGUGGACACGUAGUCAAGACACUUGAGGAAAAAACUGGAUAUACAGAUCUGCACCUGUUUUUACAGCUGCUGAAGAACAGAUGCCAUCAGCCUCUGACAGACUUAACAUCAUUGACAGAAAUGAAACCUUUUAGUUUUUGAACUCCCAAGUUGGAUUUUUAUUUUAGCAAGCAUUUUUUUUUUUGAGAGAGAGAGAGAGAGAGAGCGAUAGGGAGACCGAGUGAGCAAGAGCAAGGGGAAUCCUCCAACUAAGGGCCAAAAUUCUUCACUUGCAUCCUCAGUGUGGAUUUAAACUCCAAACAUUCUGAUCCUGCUACAUUCUCAGAUCUCACUGUCUGCUCUUCCUAGCCACAUGGAUCCAAGAACAGAAUUUUGCUCACUGUGACUGGAUUUUAUUAAAAGUCUGAGAAGGAGCUUGGGUUUGUUAGCUUGGUUUGUAAAAUCCCUAGCCUCUCUGAUUUGGAUUCAGCUCAGAGGAGAGGCCCUUUGUUUGCCUGGAGAAAAUCAGAACAAAGUAUUAAGAGUUUAAUUUUGCAGAUCAACCCUAUACUAAGAACACUGCAAAAUGGAUUUUUUUCCAUGAACGUUAGCUGUUCUGCAGUAUGUCAGGAGAGAGGAGGUCAUAGUGUCUAUUAACCUUAGACUGACUCUUGGCAGAUCUCUGGGAAAUGGUGUGAGCUAUUUGGCUGAAUGAGGAUCAAAUUUCAUAUCAUCAUGUUUCAGUCAGCUAGACUGUAAAUAGAAAUCCAGGGGGUAUUUUACAUAAAAAAGCUCUCGUCUAAAGAAGAGCUUACACCAGUUGGAGACUACAGUCCAGUUAUGUAUUUUUCUCACAUCAUUGUAUUUAAGUGUGUGUGAUCAUUGCUCCUCAUUUCUUAAUGAAGUCAUAAUUUUAGUAAUUCACUUUACAGCUCUUGCUUAGAAAUAUGCAAUGUUACAUUUCCUGUGUCCUUGUGAUGAUGCUUGAUGCAAGAUUACAUUGAUUUCUUUUAUAAACCACUGUUCAUUUUAAAAAGAGAAUCACUUUUUUUUUAAUCAUAACCACUUUAUCUGAAAACUUAUUUCUUAUUAUGAAAUUUGGGGUUGAGUUUAAGGAAACUAGGAAUUUUGCUCAGACUUUGAGUUAUCUUGAUGGUCAAAUUCAGACCUGACUAUUGGAAACACUUCUGGAUAUGUAUGAAUAAACAAAACAUGUACAGUGCUUGAAAACAGCUUUUAAAUUUCAGUUGGAAGAGCAGAGCCUUUUGCUGUGAUGACCAGUUUACUGAGAAAUGACCUUAUUUGAGACACUGGAUGAUGGUCGAUAUCUGAGACUGUGUUUUUAGAAGUUCUGCCCUGCUUUUUUAUUAUUAUUGGCUUAGUUAUCAAUCCUAAAAAGAACUUGUUUAAGAAUUAAACAUUUUGUUUAAAUAGAAUGUAAAAUAUUACUUCUAAUUGCUGGAGACUGUGUACAUCUUACACAGGGUUCCCCCACACUGCCAAUAUCCUAGAAAAAAUGUCCUAUUUCAGUAAGAGGCCCCUGCUUCCUGGAAAUAUGAUGCAGCUUGUUCCUGUGAAUGUACUUCCAGCCUUUUGAAUUUCAGGCUCCUCGACUGAGCAAAAUAGGUGCUAUUUUCCUCUAGAUCAGACUGACAGAGAACUGUUAAAUGAAAAUAAUAGGUUAUGGCCAUUGGAUAUUGACCAAGCAGAAAAUAAAAUGUACAGAGUGUUUUUUGGUAGUUUGUAUGUCCAGUUUUAUUAACCAAGUGUGCCUUGGGAAAGAUGACAACAGUGUUUGCAGAGAGAGAACUCUUAAAAUCUGCAGGAAGAUGCAUGUGUUUGGAUUGCCUUAGUUUGAGCAGUUGUGGUCUUAAAUCAAUUUAGCCUGGUGUUUUUCAUUUUCCUUGUGAUCAUUAUUAUUCACUGUUGCAGUAUGUUAGCACUUCAGCCAGUUUAAGCUAAGCCAGACCUGUGUCUGGUGUGUAGCUAGUAAUGAGCAAAGGAUAUAAUUAAUCCUGUGCCAUAUUUAACAGACAGGUGUACUAGGAAAGUGGAGAGAGAAUGAAAGAGAGACAGACUCUAUUUACACUUGUAAAAGGAACUAUCUUAUGUGGUGGCUACACUGAGAUUUGCCCUGGUUACAACUGUUGAUAUAGAUGGAGCAGGGUAAUGCCAUAGUGUAGACAGACAAAGCUGCUAUAAAUCAUGGUUUAAACAGGGCUAAAGUGCAAGCAGGGCUAAAGUGCAUCAGGGCAAAUUGUGGCGUACAUUGGCUUUAUACUGGUUCAGCUAGGUGGGUAGCCAGCCACUCAGGGUUGAAAUUCCCAGUAAAGAGAAGGCCUUUAGUCCACAGAUAGUUGUUCAUGUUUGGAAAUCUUUGUUAGUACUGCUUUGAGGUUUCAACUGCCAUUUCAACUCUGCUUCACUCCAAUCUGGAGAAACCUCCAAAAAUCACUAAAGCCAAGACAAUUCAAACAUGUAUAUGCCAGCAAAUGGUGAUGUUUGCCUCACGGUAGCACCCCAGUACUGAGUUGCUUUAUUUCCUCAUGGUGAUCCUAUUGCUCUCUUUACACUCCUGGUAUUGAUCUUUCGGAAAUUCCCAGUUCCAGGCCCCUGUUUCUUCUAGCACUAAUUUAUAGAAGCCACUGGUCCCCGAUCUUUAUGGAAAGUUCUACUAUCUUCUCCCAGCCUUCUGUCUUCCUUUGUGCCGGGUGGUGCCUCCUGCCUGUCCUUCCAUUUCAAGACAGGGAUUUGGUGCAUCCCCAAGAUCUGUGGUGGAUUAGUGAAUGGGAAGCUGGGAACAGUAACACUCCGGAGCCCCACUUAGAGGCUAAUCCAGAGCCCAUUGAUGGCAGUGGAAAGACUUCCAUUGACUUCAGUGAGUGUUGGAUCAGGCGCUACAUUAGGGAGGGGAGCUCUAUAAUAUCAGAGUCUGUUGUCAGUCCGAGUGCACUUACCAGUUACCAUUGGUAUAAUUUGCCCUUCUUGUUUGCCCUGAGCAUUUUGAAAGGUUUCUGAUCCCAGUUACUCUGAUGGGCAUUACACUGAGCCAAUCCAAGUGAGUAGCUGUGCUUAUAAUUGAGCUACAACUGAUAUCCGUGAAUGUCAGGAAAUGAAAACAGAAGGCAGGCAUGUUCCCAAUAAUUAAAAACACACAAAAGUGCUUGGCAUGGAGCCCUGAAUUUGAAAUGUCAUUUUUUAUGUUAGGCAGGACUGAGGGACAUAGUAUAAAUAAUAUCCUUAUUUGGACAGAGCAUUGUAUGCAAGCCACAGCCAAAGGGGGAUGGUGGUUUACAGGGUCAAUUAUUCAACAGUUUAUAGGUUUAAAUGAUUUUGAAUAUGUUCCUCGGUAAAAAUUUGACUCAAACACAAAAGAUUGAAAGAAAAUUUGUCUACAGAGAAGGCAAGUUUAACUGGCCACUGAAUAACCAAUAAUCCUGGCUACAGAAAACUCACUGUGAGAUGCCCAAGAAUUCUAAUGCAGCUUGUCUCUUAGACAUACUGCAUUUUGGUUUCUUUUUGUUACGUUGUUACAUUAAAAACCCUUGGGCCAUUAUUCUGAUUUUAUUUAACAGUAAGGUAUCAGUUUUAUAUUUUAAAAUGUAAGUAUCUGAAACGAAUACUAAUAUGCAUAAACAUUUUGUAGCUCCCGUAAUUUGUUUUCUUGCUCUGCUUUCUGUAAAUACCUUGUUGUAACUAGUAUUCUUUUCUUCUUUGAGACUGGCCAACAGCUCUGUGGCAUUAUGACCCCACCUGAGAAGGCUCUGAAAUAGCUCAUUGCCCCUUGUCUGUGUUUGACCUAAUGGUAGGGCUGGUGGAAAUGAGUGAUACAAUAGUCCUCUGCCCCCCAAAUUAAAAUCCAGCAGUCCCAGGUCCAAAGAUCCCAAAUUUGCUUCCAUGGCAAUACCCUGCCAACUCUUAGUUGGUCCAUGGACAUCACUGAGCUAUAAUGACCAAGGACCUGAUCCUGACUGAUUUCAGUGGGAGUUAAGGCCCUGAUUCUGCACCAUUGACUUCAGUGGGCAAAGAAACAGACUGCUAAUGCACUGAAGACCUCACUGAUCAAUCCCAAGCAGAAUUUUUAGACUGACCAUCAGGUAUGGAGACAUGUCUGGAUUGUGUUUUCAGAGACAGAAAGCAAAUCUGAAACCUCGGGUAGGUGACUGACUAAUUCACCAGCACUAUAUGUUUCUGAAAAUCUAAUACUCAAACUGAAGCACCUGUCUCUAGAUCAGGAACAUACCAUGUUUUAGUGCAGUGAUCAUCCAUACUUCUUCAGGGUGUGUGUGUGUGUGUUGGAGAGAGAGGUACUCCAACUUAAUUUGUAAAAUGUAUUUGCAGGAGAACACUGUAAAUAUGUGCUGAAGUAUUUGGUUGCAAUUAGAAACAAAAUACUUGUGAUAUCAAAUGGAAUAUAUCAAUCUGAGGCAGAUAAAGUAAAAUUGCUUAAAGGAGGAGCAGCGCUUUGCUGUUGUACAUGAAAUUUGGAGAGCAUUGUAAAGAGAAAUUAACUCAGACAGCUUUUUUUAUCUUAUCUAAAUAUACUGCAAUUGCUGCUAAUGUAAAUGUACGUGAAUAUACAAAGAUUACGAAGAAUUGUUAUGAUAAAAAGAAUCCCUCACAUCAAUCUUUUAUAUUUAUAUUAAAAUAUGUAUUCUGCAAACAACCUACAUAGUAUAGCUUUAUAUUUGUAUCAUUUUGUAGAAUUCAUCGUCACAAAAUAAAACCAAAACAACAUUUUAGUGCCUUGGGUAUUUUAAACAGCUCAGCAUAUUGACUGGGAGAAAACAACGCCUUAAAUUAAGUGCCCCAGUAUCAUUUCUUGAUUGUGCCCCAGAGGCUAGUUUUUACAAAAUGUUGCACAUUAGUGUAACAGUGUGCUUUUGUGCCCCAUUCAUUCCAAACAGACAUGCCCGUAUUAUGGAAUAAAAUUAAAUUUAUUUUGUAUUUCUUAAUGUGGACUCUGAUAAUUACAUUGAUAUUUUUGGAGCAAAUAUUUCUUAAUUUGUAAUAUUCUGUGAUUUUUUUUAAUUGCAUUUUUUUAAGUGAGUUUCGGCUACUUAUUUACCCCUUUUGUAAGGUCAGAUUUCCAUAAUUUUAUAUAAAGGAGUUAUGCUAUCUAUUAAAAUACAUGAUGUUAAUUUAAACAAAUGCCGAUAGUUUGUUUUAGGUAUUUUUGACUAAAUUAACAUUUUCAAGUCGUCACUAAAAUGUUUUUGUCAUUAAUACCAUACAAUUUAAGUCCUUGAAUCAGAAACCAACUAGUUAUUAAAAAUUAUUCUGCAAAGUAUGGUUUUCUAGCAUUAACAAAAUGAAAAAAUUCGCCUUUCAAAAAACUACUUUGUGUGGAAGGCUUUCAAAGCCAAUCAACAAACUAUUUACAUAUUAAUCAUUUUCAGUUCCUGACAUUGCAAGUUGUGGUGUUGCUUCAGGACACCACCAGUGCCCUUUGUUUGAAGUUUUGUGUAUAAAUAACUGUAAAGUUAACAAACUCUACAUUUGUAUUAUAGAUUUUGUGGAUUUUGUUUUGUAAUAAAAUAUUUUUAAAAACAGA